AGAGCCGUCGCCGCUCCCGGUUAUAAACUCCCCAGGAAGCAGACGGGGACCCAGAUCGCCCCAGACUCUGGGGAUGGCGGUCAUGGCGUUCCGAAUCCUCCUCCUGGUGCUCUCGGGGGCCCUGGCCCUGUCGGAGACCUGGGCGGCGUGUCCCGGCCUGGAGGGGAGCCCCGGUACAUCAGGGUCGGCUACGUGGACGACACGCAGUUCACGCGGUUCGACAGCGACUCUGCGAGUCAGAGGGAAGAGCCGCGGGCGCCCUGGAUGGACAAGGUGGACCCGGAGUACUGGGACCUGAACACGCGGAACGCCAAGGACAACGCACAGACUUUCCGAAGGAGCUUGCAGAACCUGCGCAGUUACUACAACCAGAGCGAGGCCAGCUCUCACACCCUCCAGAGCAUGUACGGCUGCGACAUCGAGCCUGACGGGCGCCUCCUCCACGGGUACCACCAGCUGGCCUACGAUGGCCUGGACUACAUCGCCCUGAACGAGGACCUGCGCUCUUGGACCGCAGUGGACACAGCGGCCCAGAUCACCCAGCGCAAGUGGGAGGCUUCUGCUUGGGCCAAGCGCUUCAGGGCCUACCUGGAGGGGGAGUGCAUGCAGUGGCUGGGCACACACCUGCAGAACGGGAAGGAGACUCUGCAGCGCGCAGGUACCAGGGGCCGCGGAGGUUCCGAAUCUCCUAUCCUGCUGGGGCUGCUGUGCUGGGCCCUGGGCUUCUACCCUGCGGAGAUCUCCCUGACCUGGCAGCGGGAUGGGGAGGACCAGACCCAGGACAUGGAGCUGGUGGAGACCAGGCCUGCAGGGGACGGAACCUUCCAGAAGUGGGCGGCCGUGGUGGUGCCUUCUGGAGAGGAGCAGAGAUACACGUGCAGCACGAGGGGCUGCCUGAGCCCCUCACCCUGA